AUGGUCGGCCAGACAGCGGCAGGAGUCGGCAGCGGCAAUAGCGACGUACGCAUUAACGAGCUUAUGGCCGCCAACCAGGGUGCCGUACUGGACGAACGCGGCCGCAGUCCCGACUGGGUAGAGCUGUUCAACCCAGGCCAGGGCGAAGUACAGCUCGGGGGAUGGAUGCUACGCACGCCGAAAGAGAACUGGACCUUCCCCCAGGAAUCCAGCAUUCCGGCUGGCGGCUACCUACUCGUGUACACGUCAGGCAAGUCGCAGAGCUCCAACGACGCCGCCACCGGGCCCGCGGGCUCCCCCCCUCCCAUACGAGCGGCGCUGAAGCUCUCAGCAGACGGCGAAUCCGUGUCCUUGCUGAGGCCGGACGGGAGCGCGGCGAGCCUCGUGGGACCCGACAUGGCCAGGCAGCCCGCCAACAUCUCCUUCGGCGUCCCAGGAACGGCGGACUCGGGCGACGUCGCCGCUGCGUCUCGAGAUGCAGCAGUGGCGGCGCCGCUGACGUUUCUGGCCCGACCCACUCCCGGCGCUGCCAACUCGGGACCCAUGGCUCACGGGCCCUUCAUCCACAGCGUGUCCCGCGCAACGCAGCCGCCGCGGGCACCCGCAGGAUCCGACAUCCCAGUUAACAUCACGGUGGAGCCCAAUCUUCAAAACAUCGAUGAGCAGAAUGUGGUGCUUUCGUACGUGAUCAACUUCGGCGAGGAGCAGGAUUUACCCGCAGUCAAGGUGGCAUCGGGCUCAGGCCGCAAUACUGUGUUCACGGCAUCCAUUCCGAGCUCGGCCUUCAAGUCCGGUGACAUGGUGCGAUGGCGGGCCAAGGUGACUGACACCGCAGGCCACCAGAGCAUCUUCCCUGGACCGCCGGGCCCGUCCUCUUCCGCCACCACCGACUCCGAAGGAAAGAAGUACCCGCGCUACUUUGGCACCGUGGUUGCAAUUCCUGCAUCCGAUCUGGUCACGGAUCAAGUUCCAGUGCUCGAAUGGUUCAGUCCCGACCCCGCCGCAGCCACCACUCGCGACGGCGCCGAAGGCCAGGUGUUGUUCUACAACGGAUGUCUGUACGACAACGUCUUUUCACGUCGCCGCGGCGUCACGGCGCUGAACUGGCCAAAGCCAAAGCUAAAGUUUGAGCUGCCUCAAACUAAUUUCGAGUACGCGGCGGACAUGCCCCCUGUGGGAGAGUUUGGGCUGCAAUCUUUCUGGUACGAGCUGGGAGAGCGGAGCUACAUGAAAGAGACCUUAGCGCUUCAGCUUAUGCGCGAUGCGGGCGUUCUGGCGCCCAACUCCUUUCACGUACACGUACGUCAGAACGGACACUUCUACGGGCUAUUUGCAUUCGUGGAGAUUCCGGACAUGGAUUUUCUGUCGCGGCACAAGCUCCCCCGCUCCGGGCCGAUGUUUAAAUCGGUUAGCGGUGAGCUCAGCAACCUGCGGUGGGACUUGCCCAUCAAGGAAAUGCCAGCGUACUGGGAAAAGGAGAACAGCAGGCAGCGUGACACAGGCGACUGGGUGCUGCUAGCCAACCUGUCCAAGGGUCUAGCCGGAGGCAGUCCCGUGCCCAGAUCCAAGUACAUAUUCGACGCCGUCAAUCUCCCACAGGACCUCCUUCGAAGCACCCCCUGGGGCCAGGUGUCAGCAACACUCAACGGCGCGUAUGAGGGCCCCGCGGUCCGCAAGUCUCCCGGUGGUCAGAGGAAGCGCCGACUGCUGCAACAACAGCAGCAGCAGCAGCCGCAACAGGCAACGCAGCAAGAUGCUACUCCUCCUACAGUUCCACGCACGAGGCGGCGCGCCGGCGGUGCAUCGCAGCCGGGCGGCGGCGGCGGCGGGGCGGCCGGAAUGGAGUUUCCUUACAAGGCGGCGGGCAACAACAUCACAACGUUCCCCAUGCCGCGAGGCUGGGACAACCCCGACCGGUCCACCAUUUCCCAGACAAGUCCCAACGGCCCAACCGGCACUUACAACCACCUGUACGACGCCAUCCUGGAUGUUGCCAGUGCGAGGGCCAUGUACAUGAGGCGGCUCAGAUCAAUGGCUGACAAGUACCUAGCGGGUGGAGUGCUGGCCCAGUUCGCUAACCAGACAUAUGUACGUAUCAAACCGCUGGCCGAUCUAGACGCCAAGACCUGGAACUCUGGCAUAUCCAUCGAUCGCGGCUUCCAGCAGAUUACGCAGGAGUUCCUGCCCGUACGGAAAGAGCAGCUCCUAGGCGCCCUGUACGGACCCAAGGGCAGACGGCCGCUGCUGCCGGAGGCGCAACCCGCCCAGGUGUCUCUUCGGAUUGCCCGCUUCGUGACUGCGGAGUCAGGCACAACGGGUGGCGACGCCUCGGGCUUCUUGGAGGUGGCCAACCCCAACCAAUUCGCUGUGGAUGUCUCCGGUUGGCGGCUGGAGGGGCCCGCCACAUUUACCUUUCCCCCCGGUACCGUCAUCCCCUCCGCCGCAAGUGCCUUCAUCACGGUGGAUCCCGUGGAAUUCAGGUCCCGUACGACGCCACCCUCGGGGGGCCAGGGGCUGUUGGUGCUGUCGCCGCUGCAACUCGGGGAGGCGGCGGCGCAGGGCGGCGGCAGCGGUGGCGCCUCCAGCGCCGCCAGUUCCGGGCCAUAUAAGCUGAUUGACACCGCCGGCACAUCCGUUCACCAGAUGAACACAGGAACCUCCAGGAAGUUGUCGUGA